CGUAGCAUCUGUUCGACUCCAGCGGUCGCCGCCAUCUGCCCCCACCAGUCUCGACUCGAGGUAGGUGGUAUUGGGUUCCCCCGAGCAGCGGGAAGGGAGAGAACGAAGAGGCGGGGCGGGCACAGUAUCAGCGAGAGAGAGAGAGAGAGAGAGAGAGAGAGAGAGAGAGAGAGAGAGGAAGAAGGGAGUGAGGGAGGCAUUUCGUCUCGAGCUUCUGUUGCGGCGAAGCUAUGGGGAAGGAGACAUUGACCGAGGCUCAGAUCACCGAUCUUAAGGUAGCUUUCGAGCUAUUCGACAAGGAUAAGGAUGGGACUAUUUCGACGGAAGAGCUGGCGGAGGUGAUGAAGAAGCUGGGAACCACUGUGUCUGAAGAGGAGGUCAAGAUGCUGAUUGCUGACGUGGAUGCGGACCACAGCGGCAAGAUCGAGUUCGACGAGUUCCUCGACGUGAUGGCAGGGAAGCUGAGUCAGGCAGCGGUCCUCGAGCAGGAGGAGUUGAUGCAAGCCUUCAAGUUGUUCGAUGAGAACGGCGAUGGCAAAAUCUCGUUGGCCGAGCUUAAAAAGGUUAUGGAGAAUCUCGGAGAGAAAAUGAAGACGGAAGACCUCGAAGAGAUGAUCAAACAGGCCGAUGUAGAUGGCGAUGGCCAAGUCAAUUACACCGAGUUUGCCAAAAUUAUGGCUUCUCACUAACUGUACCACAUCUCCCUCUCUCCCUCUCCCUCUCUCCCUCUCCUUCUCCUUCUCCUUCUCCCUCUCCUUCGCCUUCUCCCUCCCUGUCUACCCACCUUCCUCCUGAUACCCCUUUUCGAAAAAGAUCGCGUGGUUUGGUUGCUAGCUUCACCGUAACGCGCUGAUUAUAAACUAACUGCCGUAGUGAGCCAGAGUUAAAACUCAGUAGUUUGUUAAUACGUAUAUAGACUGGCAAGUACAAUUACACUGAGUUGGCCACGGCCAGAAUUAGUAUGAGUGCUCACUAAAACUGCUACCUCUCCCUUUCCCUCCGUUUCCCUCCCUCUCCCUCUCCCUCUCCCUCUAUCUUCCUCCGCUACUUCUUUUCGCGAAUUUCCAGUGGUUUGAAUGCUAGCUUAUCGCUUAUUAGUUGUUUAACUAUAGUAAGUCAAUCUGAGUUCACCCUACCUUCCUCUCCCUCUCCGUCGAUCUUCCUCCGCUACUCCUGGCAAAUUCCCGUGGUUUGGUAGCUAGGUUAACGCUUAUUAGUACCUAACUAUAGUAGUCUGAGUUCAAACUCUGUUUGGAAUAUAUCUACACUCUAUGGCCGGCCCGUUUAGCCUUUCAUUGCUGGCGGCGGUUCUUCAGCGACUCCGCAUUCAACAGGAGUCCACAACUUUCGAUCGAAGGGGCGAAAUUUGUGAAGAAACUCGUCAGUCAAGGCAAGCUGUCACAAAAGACGCAGAGGCAGAGGCAGGCCGGCCGGUGUGAUCGCCUCUGCGGCUUUGUUUUUUUCGGAGGAUAAGCUUCGAAGUGCUUGGAGUGGAAUGCAGAGGCAGGACGGCCGGCCGGCCGCUGUGAUCGCCGGGGUGUUGUUAUUUUGUCGGUGCCUGAAAGCCUUGUCCUUCAACUUCUACUGUCUCUUUCUCUACCCACCUAGAGAUAAUCUCUCUUUGUUGACGCCCACCUCCACACCCCGACAUGUCCCGAAAAUCUUCGACCUCUGUGGUUUCCGUACAGAUACGUUUUCCGUACAGAUACGAUUUCCGUUCAGAUACGAUGAACAGAAUGGUAGGUCUGCCUUCGUGUCCAAAGUCAUGUAUAAGCAGUAUGGACGACAGAUUGGGGGUUGGUAAGACAAGAGUUUUUUGGGGACAUCGGCUUGCACCUCCUCCUCCUCCUCCUCCUCGUCGUGGUUCGCUUCUUGUUUCUCCUCUUCUUCCUCUCUCGGUUUCCCCCUCUUCCUCCUGCUGGUUGUAAAACAUGCGCCGCGAUAUUUUGUUUCAUAAAUUAAACCUUUCUCUACUCCCCUGUCUUUUUCUUCUUCUUCUUGUACUACUGCUGCUGUUGACGCGUACUCUUCUCCUCGUCCUUGACAGAUGCAUGGCAUGAAGCGUUGAAAACCGCCCUCUUCCGUUCCAGCCUCUCUCUCUCUCUCUCUCUCUCUCUCUCUCUCUCUCUCUCUCUCUCUCUCUCUCGUUUUUUCGUUUCCUCUACUUGUCUUCCUCCUGUCUCGUUGAAUUCUGCACUUAAUACGAAUGAUGAUAGAAUGUUAUCGUGCGAGAUAGAAUGUUGAGAAUCUGCGUGACAUUGUGUUAACUUUUAGAAAUUCACGCU